CUCCCUUCUUACCAGCCUUUCCUCUCCCUCCCUCUUUUUCUUUCCCAGGCGAGUGAUGCAAGCUGCAAACAGUGUGUGUGUGUAGUGUGAACAAGACCCACUAGUGUAUGUGUGUGCCCGUGUAAGUAAGUGUGUGUGCCUGCGUGUGUGUGCGGAGAGAGAGAGAGACAUAGACUGAGCCCCUAACACGGAGCAUGCCUCUGCGUCCGGCAGCCGGCAAACAUGAGCCACCCAGCUCUCCACGGCAGGACCAGCAGCAGCAGACACACACACAUUCACACACACACACGCACCCUUACACACACGCAGCAAACGGCAGCCAGGGGGCCAGCACUGACAGCAGCAGCUCCCGGGAAGAGGAGAGCGGCGUUCCCGUUCCUCUCGCUGUUCCGGCUUUCGGUCCCGGUGGAGAGCACGGCCACAGCGCAGGAGCACCCAUGGAGGAGCCAACAGGCAACACUGUGGUCAUCCGCAUUGGAAUCCCAGACCUACAACAGACGAAAUGUUUGAAAUUCAAUGUGGAUGCACCAAUCUGGCUGUCCAAGCAACGAAUCCUGUGUACCCUCAACCAGAGCCUGAAGGAUGUACUCAACUAUGGCCUAUUCCAGCCGGCUUACAAUGGCAAGGCUGGCAAGUUUCUGGAUGAGGAGAGACAGCUUAGGGAAUACCCUUUUUCAUCCGUUGCUCCUGUACCUUAUCUGGAGUUCCGUUAUAAAAGACGUGUCUACACUCAGACCUACUUAGAUGAAAAGCAGUUGUCUAAGCUUCACACCAAGGCAAACUUGAAGAAGUUUAUGGAGUAUGUGCAGGAGAGGAACAGUGAAAAGGUCUCACGAUUUUUGGAAAAAGGCCUGGACCCUAACUUCCAUGAUCCAGACUCAGGAGAAUGCCCAUUAUCGCUGGCAGCACAGUUGGAGGGAUGUGCAGAGCUCAUCAAAGUGCUUAAAAAUGGAGGGGCACAUCUGGACUUCCGAACAAAGGAUGGCAUUACUGCCUUGCACAAGGCUGUGCGCAGCAAGAACCACACAGCACUUAUAACACUGUUGGACUUGGGUGCUUCACCUGACUAUAAAGACAGCAGGGGUCUUACUCCUCUCUACCACAGUUCAAUGGUUGGAGGUGACCCCUACUGCUGUGAGCUGCUGCUGCAUGACCACUCACAGGUCGGCUGUGAGGAUGAAAAUGGCUGGCAGGAGAUACACCAGGCAUGCCGCUAUGGCCACGUCCAGCACUUGGAACAUCUGCUGUUCUAUGGAGCUGACAUGAGUGCCCAGAAUGCAUCUGGAAACACCGCCCUACAUGUGUGUGCUCUCUACAACCAGGAUAGCUGUGCACGUGUUCUGCUUUUCCGAGGAGCAAAUAAAGAGAUAAAGAACUACAACAGCCAGACUGCUUUUCAGGUGGCUAUUAUAGCAGGAAACUUUGACCUGGCAGAAAUCAUUAAGGUCCACAAAGCAUCAGAUGUUGUGCCUUUCAGGGAGACCCCUUCCUACACCCACCGUCGACGUGUUGUGACUGGCACCCUGCCCUCACCACGUUCCUUGCUACGCUCUGCGAGUGACAAUAACCUGAAUGGUGACCAUGAUCACAUCCACCCUCAGCGCCCUCGAGAAUCCCGGGGCCGCCCUGGUCACUCCCCUGUCCCCUCACUGCGCAGUCUCCCAGCUUUUGGGCAGCAGCACAGCAGCCUCGGAGAAGGUCGUCAUGGAGAUAUCCCUGACAGCAGUCUCCAGAGUACUGGCAGCUCCAGAUCCUCCCAUUCCCGCUCACCAUCUUUACAUCACAUGCAUGAAGAGGACAAGCCAGUCCCCAGACGUUCCCAUAGCCAUGGCUACCCUCAUGGACAUGGUCCUCGUGGAAGACUCAGCCCCGGCACAGUGCAGCGAGACCCAAGCCCACCUCAUCACACCCCUCCAGCACUGACAGGCCCUCGUGGGCCAAAGCGGAAACUCUACAGUGCUGUCCCAGGACGUACCUUCAUUGUGGUUAAGCCCUACACCCCACAGGGGGAGGGAGAGAUACAGCUCAACCGUGGAGAACGGGUCAAAGUACUAAGUAUAGGUGAAGGAGGUUUCUGGGAAGGUACCGUCAAAGGAAGAACAGGCUGGUUCCCAGCAGACUGUGUGGAAGAAGUUCAAAUGAGACAGUAUGACCCAAGGCUAGAGACCCGGGAGGACCGCAAUAAGAGACUGUUCAGACACUACACUGUGGGAUCCUAUGACAACUUCACUUCAUACAGUGACUACAUUGUGGAGGAGAAGAAUGCUGUUUUACAGAAGAAAGAAAAUGAGGGGUUUGGUUUUGUCCUAAGGGGAGCCAAAGCCGAGACUCCCAUUGAAGAAUUCACCCCUACCCCAGCAUUCCCUGCCCUGCAGUACUUGGAGUCUGUGGACGUGGAGGGGGUUGCCUGGAGGGCUGGUCUCAGGACGGGGGACUUCCUUAUUGAGGUGAAUGGGGUGAAUGUAGUGAAGGUGGGCCAUAAACAAGUGGUUUCCUUAAUCCGGCAAGGAGGCAGCAGGCUCCUGAUGAAAGUUGUUUCUGUCACACGCAAACCGGAGUUAGAAGAAGUAGUUCGGAAGAAAGCUCCCCCUCCACCCAAGAGGGCUCCCAGCACCACCCUGACACUGCGCUCCAAGUCCAUGACUGCCGAGCUGGAGGAACUGGCUUCUGCUCGGAGAAGACGAGGAGAAAGACUAGAUGAGAUGUUGGCAUCGCAGGAAUCUAUGUUGCAUUCUCAGCCCCCGGAGGCAGAUUACAGAGCAGCCACUGUCAAACAACGGCCUACUAGCAGGAGAAUAACACCAGCAGAGAUCAGCUCACUGUUUGAAAGACAAGGGAUGACGCUACAUGGAGGUCUGCACCCGGGAAUCGAGAGAGGUCACAUACCACUCCCUAAGGGCAUGUCCAGGACCAAGUCUUUUGGUGCCACAGAAGAGGACAGACUGUCUGCACUUGCAGGCGAGCACAGAUUUCCACGUAGUUCCUCCAUGACAGACAGCCUUAGAGACCACUCACAACCCCACUCUAUCCCGCCGCCUCCCCUGACAGCUCCUCCUCCUCCUCCUUACUACUUUGACACCGGUCCUCCCCCAGCUUUUUGCCCUCCUCCUCCCCCAUCUAGGGCCCAGAGUCAAGGACAUGAGCCUGGAGGCCGUUCCAGUUUCAAGCCAUCCUCCUUGGACCUGCCUUACGAAGCUGUUCAGCGGCAAGCCACACACAUUGAGAGACAGAAGAAAGCUCGCUCGAUGAUCAUCCUGCAGGACUCCUCCCAUCAACCUGUUGAGCCCACAGAAAUUCCCCGUCCUUCUGCUGCUACUCCACCUGAGCGAAUCAAAAGAAGGGGGAGGGUCAUUGACAACCCUUAUGCAAACGUGGGUCAGUUUAGCAUUGGACUGUUCACACCUACAAAGCCCCAAAGAAAGAAAAGUCCUUUGGUGAAACAGCUUCAGGUAGAAGAUGCACAAGAAAAGGCUAGUCUUGCCUUAGCUGCUGCCCAUUUGCGAGAGAGCUCACCCUCAGGACGACACCCACGUGGGCACAUGCACAUUAGCCGUGUCGACUACUACCAGCAGCAGCUCAUGGCUGAACGAGAGCGACUGCGAGCCCAAGGGGAGAUGAUGUUUCAAGGUAAAGGCCCCUUUGCUGCUGCUAUUGCUGGAGCAGUGAAAGAUCGUGAGCGUCGCCUAGAAGAACGGAGGAAAUCCACUGUCUUCCUUUCUGUUGGGACCAUGGAAGGGUCACCUACAACAAGCCCUGAUGCCCCCUCUUUGACUCAGUCUCACUCAAUCGAUGAACGGCUGCUGACCCGAGAGCUGGGACAGCUUCCUCCCCCUGCCUUGGCUCUGAGCCCCUCACCUAGUGGGACCACCUUUAUCCAUCCACUUACGGGAAAACCUCUGGACCCAAAUUCACCACUGGCUCUUGCGCUGGCCGCAAGGGAGAGGGCACUGACCUCUCAGAGUCAGUCCCCAACUGGCAGCCCAGAGCCUCGGACUAAACAAGAGCGAGUAGGUCAGGUUGUAAUGUUCUCUGACACUCAGACCAAAGAGUCGCCACAUGUAGAUGGGGCAACUGCAUCUCCCCCCUUUUCACCUAAAAGCGCCAAGGCAGCAGGGUAUGGCGCUUCAUCCUCCCCAGCUAAUAUUUUGGCUCCUCAACCCACCAAACCCCAGUGGACUACAUCAUCAUCACCUAUAUCAUUCCGUCAAGAGAUGGAAGCUAGAAUUGAGGAGAGAAAGGAGGAAAAGAGAUUAGAAGAUAAAAAAAGUGUGUUGAUCAGCAUAAUGGAUACAUCACAGCAGAAGACUGCAGGGCUGAUCAUGGUUCAUGCGACCAGUAAUGGUCAGGCUGUUGGUGCGGGAUCAGGGAUUGAACAGACACCUAUGCCUGCAACCAUAGAGCCCAGCAAAUCCCAGAGUCCACGGGCUAAAUCCCCUAUUCCCAGUGUGCCCCAGCCCCAAGCUCAGCUCCAGGUUAAGCCUCAAACUCAGCUUCCUGCCAGUCCUGCCCAGGAGAAGAGCCUGGCUCAGGGAAGCUCAGAAGAGGAUGUGGAUGCUUACACGGUCACCCUACCACCUGCUAUGUUAUCUUCCAGCGAUGAGGAAACAAGAGAGGAGCUACGUGAGAUCGGGGUUGUUCCUCCACCCGAUGAGUUUGCAAAUGGGUUGCUGGCCCAGGCACAGGGGAUACCAGUAGCUAAACCUGCCCUGUCUCCUGUCACACCGGUCACACCAACACCCCAAACUCCCUCAACCCUAACAACCCCAACUGUGACAACCACCCAGCCUCAGCCUUCCCAGCCCCCACCUCCACCUAGUGCAGCAGCUGUCUCAGGGAAAACGUCUGACCCUCUGGAGCCCCCACCAGUGGGCGAGGCUGGUUCUGCAGCUGACUCAGGUGUGGAGGAGGCCGACACACGCAGCUCCAGUGACAGAGAGAGAGACCACCAUCUUGAGACCACCAGCACAGUCUCCACAGUUUCCAGCAUGUCUACAUUGUCCUCAGAAAGUGGCGAGCCUGCUGACACACACACCACGCACACCUCCUAUGCUGAUGGGCAGACUUUUGUUCUUGACAAGCCGCCAGUGCCUCCUAAGCCUCGACUCAAAUCCCAGAUAGGAGGCAGUAAAGGCCCCGUCACCUUCAGGGACCCUUUGCUGAAGCAGAGCUCUGACAGUGAGCUACUUUCCCAGCAGCAGGCUGCUGCACUGGCUGCUGCAGCAGCUGGUGGAGCUGGGCUUCCUGCAGGGGGUUCCGCCUCGGUGACCGGUCUAGCUCCCACCAAGCCACGCUAUCUCUUCCAACGGAGGUCCAAGUUGUGGGGAGAUUUGGUAGAGCCCCGAGGACCUGGGGUAGGGCUAGGUAUUGGGAGUUUGGGCAAUCUUGGUGGGUUAGGACUCGGGCUAGGUGCAGAUGAGUGUGCAAAACCAUCAGUUAUGGGAGAGCUCAGUUCACGUCUACAACAGUUAAGUAAAGACACUAGGUCGCUUGGUGAGGAGCCACUUGGAGUGUCUCUUGACCCUGGGAGGAAGUCACCUGUGGCAGGUGCAAGACUUUUUAGCAGCCUAGGUGAGCUCCACACCCUUUCCCAGAGAAGCUAUGGAACCACAUACACCAUCCGCCCUGGCAGCCGUUACCCAGUCACCAGACGCACCCCCAGCCCAGGCUCAGGCUCACCUGAUCGGGGCGACCCCCUCGGACGAUUCUCAGGCUUCGGCCUGCCAACCUCACCAACUACACCGCCACAAACCAUCCUCAAGUCCUCUAGUCUCAGCUUACCACAGGAGCCUAAAGAGGUGCGCUUUGUGAUGAGGAGCUCCAGUGCCCGUUCUCGCUCUCCGUCGCCUUCCCAUUCCCCUGGAUUAGGCUCACCACUUUUAGCCCUUCGACCCUUUCACCAAAAACCCCUCCAUCUUUGGAACAAGUAUGACGUUGGAGACUGGCUCGAGAGCAUCAACUUGGGAGAGCAUAGAGCAGGGUUUCAGGAACAUGAGAUCGAAGGCUCUCACCUCCCAGCUCUAACCAAGGAGGACUUCGCAGAGCUGGGAGUGACACGUGUUGGACACCGUAUGAACAUUGAACGAGCACUUAAAUUGCUGCUAGAGAGCUGACCCUUGUCCUAAGAAAGAGCAACAGAAAGAAAGACGGAGACUGAAUUAGAGGAAAAUAAGCGAACCAUUGAACACCGCUCCUCUUUUACUCAAGCAGCUUUUAUGUUCAGUAAUAAAUGUUCACCUGUGGUUCAUAAUGACACUUUCAGUUCUGCAUUGACACCCUGCACCUGGCACUGCACUGAAGAGGAGGAGGCAAAAUGUAUAUUCAUCCCUUUUUGCUUAGCCCUUACUUACUUUAUGGCUCCACCUUCUUGCCUGAAGAAAAUCAGACUAAACAUCCCAAAAAGGAUAUCUGGUCUUUUUCUUUUGCUAAGAAGAAUCACAGGAGCUCCAAUUAGAUUGUUUGAUUUGUGAAAAGUUCAGCUGUUUCCUUAGUAACACCCACACUUUUUCACUGCACCCUCUCUACCUCUCUCCCCUUUCGUAUUGGGCCUCUGAAAGCCUUUGGCAGUUUGAGUAAAGGAGGAGGAGGAAGGAUUCUCGUUCCAAACAGAAAACUCAGUUGCCUUUCAAAAAUAUUUCUACUGAAAUCAACUCUGAUGAACACAGUGCUAUAGAAAUAGUGCUAACACAGCUCUGAAAUGGUGUGUCUUCUGUAUUCCUGUUAUCGUUUUUAAACCGAAGACUUUUGAGCCAAGAGGCAGAGCUCCGCAGGAGGAAAAAAAACCCCUCUGCCUUGGUACCAAGACUGUGCAAUCUAUAAUAUUUGGAGAAUGUUUAACCAACACUCGUGGCUUUUUUCAUAAUUAAUUUUCUGAUUUUCCAAAGGGAAUAUUAUAUAUUACUAUUAUAUGGCAUAAUAUAUAUGUAUCUAAAUAUAGCUUUCAGAUAAAAAGACAAUGUUGCAAGAAAAAGAUUUACUAAAUGAAGCUGCAGCUGUUUUUGGUUUUAGAAUAGAAGACAGAAAGCAGUCAAUUCCACUCAU